AUGUCGACCCGCUCUGCUAUCCUAGGUUUUCCACGCAUGGGUGCAAACCGUGAACUGAAGCGCCUGGUUGAAUCUUUCUGGUCAGACAAUAUUACCGAGUCCACCCUUUUGGAAGGCAUUCGUGAACUGCGCAAAGAUCAUUGGGUGCUCCAAAAAGAACUUGGGUUGAAUAUUAUUCCGAGUAAUGACUUCUCGUUGUAUGAUCAUGUCUUGGACCAUGCAUUCAUGGUUGGUGCUAUCCCGAAGCGCUAUCGAGAUGUCUUCAUCAAGGAUGAAAAUGAGUUACCCUCCACAUUAGAAGGCGAUGCACUAUCGACAUACUUUGCCAUGGCGAGAGGUUAUCAGAAAUUUAAUGAGGGCUCUGAUGCGCCUGCUAUAGAUUUGCCUGCGAUGGAGAUGAAAAAGUGGUUUGACACGAAUUACCAUUUCAUCGUUCCCGAAUUCGAACCGACACAGCAAUUCAAGUUGACUAGUACUAAGUUUCUUGAAGAGUACAAACAAGCAAAAUCUCUUGGUAUUGAAACUCGACCUGUUUUCAUCGGUCCAGUUUCCUUGCUCCUUCUUGGCAAAGCUUCAUCGAAUGCACAAGUGGGCUUCGCACCGAUCCAACUCUUGGACAGACUUUUACCUGUAUACGAAGAGAUCGUUAGGCUUCUAGCCGAAGCUGGGGCAUCUUCACUUCAAUUUGAUGAAUCAUUUUUGGUAAUGGAUUUGGAUCCCAAAUUGGCUCAAAGUUACCUCACCGCAUACUCGCGUCUCUCCAAAGUUGCAGAGGGAUCAAUAAAAAUACAACUCACCACCUACUUUGGCGAUAUCACACCCAACUUGUCUUUCAUUUUCCCUAAUCUUCCCAUUAGUGGCCUUCACAUCGAUCUAGUCAGGGCUCCACAACAAUUUGAUACAAUUCUCAACGCCGUCGCGAAACAUCCAACACUCCAGCUGUCCAUUGGUGUCAUUGAUGGGCGUAAUAUCUGGAAAAGGGAUCUACGUGCUGCUUUCGAUAUUGUUAGCAAAGCUAUAACGACUUUAGGGGCAGAUCGUGUUAUAAUUGCAUCGUCGUGUUCAUUACUUCACACUCCGCAUUCUUUGGCUGCAGAAGUUGAAUUGGCACCUGAGAUCAAGGAUUGGCUUGCUUUCUCUGUUGAAAAGAUUAAAGAACUCGUUCUCCUUGCCAAAGCUGCGAAUGACGGUAUCGAUAGCAUUCAAGCUGAGUUGGAGGCUAACCAAGUAUCCAUUCAAAAUCGUCGCACAUCACCAAAAAUUCAUAACCCUGUCGUUCAAGAAAGGCUAAAAGGAGUGACACGUGACAUGAUGCGUAGAUCGCCCUUUAGCGAGCGCAAAGUGAAGCAACAUGAACGGCUCAAGUUGCCUCGUUUCCCAACCACUACUAUUGGAAGUUUUCCUCAAACGGCGGAAGUUCGCAAAGCGCGUGCGGCGUUUAGGAGUGGUCAACUCUCGAAAGAGCAAUAUGACGAAUUUAUCAAGGACGAAAUAAAAAAAUGCAUCCGUUUUCAGGAAGAAUGUGGUAUUGAUGUUCUUGUUCACGGAGAAUUCGAGCGUACUGACAUGGUGGAAUAUUUCGGAGAACAUAUGGAUGGUUAUGUCUUUACGAAGAAUGGUUGGGUCCAAAGCUAUGGUUCUCGCUGUGUCAAACCACCGAUUAUUUACGGUGACAUCCAUCUCCCGAAACCUAUUACGGUAGAUAUCACAAAGUAUGCUCAAUUGUUGACCAAGAAACCGCUGAAGGGAAUGUUAACCGGUCCUGUUACCAUGUUACAAUGGUCAUUCGUUCGUGAUGAUCAACCUCGCAAGCUGACCACACAACAACUUGCCUUGGCAAUUCGAGAUGAAGUCACUAACUUGGAGACCGCUGGGAUCAGCAUCAUUCAAAUCGAUGAACCAGCCUUGCGUGAAGGGUUACCUUUACGUCGUGGUGAAUGGCAAGAGUACUUGGAGUGGGCUGUUGAUUGGUCGGUAUUUCAAUAUCACGGUAUCAGGAAAAGUCUCGUUACGAUAUAUUCCACUCAAUCUUCUUAUUUGUAUUAUCCUUUUAGCUUUCUGCUCGCCAGUUCUCCGGUUGCCGAUACCACGCAAAUCCAUACUCAUAUGUGUUAUUCAGACUUUCAAGAUAUCAUUGGUGCAAUUUCACGUAUGGAUGCUGAUGUGAUCACGAUCGAAAACUCUCGAUCUGAUUUGAAGUUUCUCCAUGCCGAAUCAUUUGCAUACCCGAAUGAAAUUGGACCAGGAAUCUAUGAUAUCCAUUCACCGCGUAUUCCGCAACAAGAUGAAAUGAAACAUCGUUUAAAGGAAAUGCUAAGGUAUUUAAAACGUGAAGAUACCUGGGUUAAUCCGGAUUGUGGGCUUAAAACGAGACAAUGGAAAGAGGUGGAGUUGGCCUUGAAAAAUAUGACAGAGGUCGCGAGAAGUUGUAGAGAGAACGUAAAACUAGUUUCAGCUGUUUGA